UAUAGAAGGGGAUAUGGAAUACCUAGCCAAAAUCACUAACGAAGAAAAAAUGCCCAACAGCAAACUUUACAAAUAUGGUUUUGAAGAUAUUCAAAUUAGAAAGGAAGACUGCUUCUACAAUCGUGAAACUGAUCAGCAAACUAAAACUUGCCAAUCAUUUGAACCAGACCUAAUUAAUACUGUCAAGGAAUUUGAAAAGGAGAAAGCAUUCGCUAAAUUUGUAGGCAAAACUAGCCAAGUUAUUAAGAAAUUAGACUAUGACUUUACUAGAAAAAAGAGGUUUGAACAACUUCCUCACGAAAUAGCCAAAUUACGGAAGAUGGGCAAAUCUUGGGAAUAUAUUGCUAAAGAGUUUUAUCAU